AUGCUAAAAAAUCUAAUACCAAGACAACCUAUUCAUAGUGUAGAAAUCGAUCCUGAUGCUCAUAGUCAAGCUUAUUUUGCUUUAUGCUCUGUGCCAUCAUUAUCACAAACAAAUACUUGGAAAUUGAAUGCUACACUUUCAACUACCAUUCCAAAUGCAACACAUUAUUUUUUAUUUAGUGAUUGUCUUUCGGCUAUUGGUAAUGAUGAACCAACCCUAUUGAAUAAUUUGACACCAAAACCAACAUGGAUAUUUAAUGCUAAUUCUGUACAUAAACAAAGUAAUUUUCUAUAG